GUGAGCCCAUGCAGCGAAGAAGCACUUGUGUGACGAAUUGAUAAAUUGAUUCAGUAAAAAGUUACGUCAAAAUAUAAAUUUUCACAAUUUCCCUAAUUAAUCACUUCAAUCGUAACCAAAUCGUUAUAAUAUUAACAUUGUCCAUAGUGAAGAAAAAAAUUAAUCACACAGUACUAAUCAGCUAUGGCGGAAUCAAUUGUACAGGAUUGGCUGGCAGAUUACCGCCGUAUACAAAACCAACCAGCUGAAGUGUCAUCCUUCGCUGUGGAUCAUGAGACGGACCCUGAAAUUGCCGAAGCCAUUUACACAAUAUUUAGUGAACGACAACGACAUGAAAUCCUUGUACAUGAGAUUUGUCAACAAUUUCUAGCCUUUUAUAGAGCUCCUGAAGACUCGCUGAAAAAAUUUCCUUUACAAUUCAUUCCAGUAUUGAUCUAUACGUACCUGCACGCUGUCGCCGCUGGUGACAAAAAGGGUGCUCGGAGUAUAGAAACUUUGCUUAUUUGCAUUUAUAAUGCAGAAAUAUCCACUGAAGAUGGCGGCCAGCACGUAGUCACUUUCCGCAUGCCAAUAUUAGCACAAGCGUCAGUCUAUCAUGAAGAAAAAAAUUUGCCAAUGACAGAUUUGCGUCGUUGGGAAGAGAAUUGUAACCGAGAAAUAAAAUGGGGUCCACAUGCUCAGAUUGAGGCGAUUACUGCUCAAAAUAGGCUACGUAUAAUGACCGCACUAAUGUUCUGUUAUAAUCAGCAAGUUAGCCUCACACAAAAAUCAGCUUUAAUACAUCUUUGUCGUGUGGCAUCGCAGUUGGUCAAUCAAGGGUUCUCAAAGCAACAUGCACAUCGUAUCUCUUAUGGUUCCGAUUCAGGUGGCACACUUGUUCCCAAGUCAAUAACCCCGCGCAUUCCACUUUCCUCAUCAUUCCUGGUAGAGUUGGUUCAUGCCAUAUAUUUUGCGAUGUUUAACGGCUUUGGAACUGUGGCAAUACAGACGUUGGACGAUAUUCAUCAUCGCGCAUGUUUCGAGAUGUAUACGGAGCUUAUACUAGUUACUAGCGCUGUUCGAAACUCAUUACAUGCAAAUCCUUCAGGUCAGCCCAGUGAUGGUCCAAUGGGAUUAAGUGUGGCGCUUACUCCUGCUACGAAUACUGUAACCACCGCCAUAUCCAAGUCAAUGAUUACCAAUGCAUCAUUCCGUACUAAAAAGUUGCCUGACGACAUACCAAUACAGGUGCAAGACCUCACAAUGCCGCAGGCACCCCCAAUGUUAGCCAGUGUCACUGAAGAAGUCGAUCCCAAAGAUCAACAGCAAACACAAAAUACAUCAUCACGAAACUCGAUUAUACGUCCCAGCAUGGAAGGGAUUAAAGCACAGGCGCAUAAGGCCUUAAUAGCGGGUUUCAAAAAAUCGAAAGAUAAGGAGAAGGAUAAAGAUAAAGAUAAAGACAAAGAGAAAGAUAAGGAUGGUAAAGGAAGUGGGAUUGGUGGGGCGGGUGAACCGCCAAAGCCGCCACUUCGGAAGUUCGAAAAGCAUACUCAGCGCAAUUCUUUGUUACAAUUACAAGCUGAAGGCACUAACAUGGCUUUGGCUGAUUUCGAAAAGAGCCCAUCUUCAGCCGGUUUAAAGGGAAAAACUUACGACACUAUGGAUGCAAGUGAAAUGUUACCAAUGCAGUCCUUGCUAAGUAAUGAGAAUGGUAGCGGUAGCUUUAGUAUCGACAGUGAAUUAAAUGGUGGUGGUGCCAGUAGCAAUGUAGUAAACAAUAGCAGUGUAGCUAGUAAUACAAACUCAAUUACAAGCAGUGACUUAAUAACGAAAAGCUUUGAUUCGAGUAUUGAAAUUCCGCAAAUGAUAGGCGGUACUGCCGUAGGGAGCGGUACUAAGGUAGGAGAUGUGGGUAUGGAUUAGUGGGUUAAUCUUCCGAAAAU